AGAGGCGUCCAGGCCCCAGAGGAGCAGGUUAAAACAGGCUAGUAGGAGUGAGGAUACUAGAUGAAAACAGGCAUGUUGGGUGGGCAGGAUAGGAAGGCUGUUGGAGAGAAAAGAAGCAGCAAAUGGUUGCGAAGAGGCUGGGGGAAAUAAAGAAUCACAUACUCCUGUUCAAAAAGAUUUCAGUGAAACUCCGAGACACAGAGACACAUGGGUCACAGGGAGAGGCAUAAGAGAAAAAAAAAAUACACUUUUAUGAGAAGUAAAAGUGUUAGGAAGAGAAGCAAUCAGCCAAGCUGGAAUGAAGAGAUUGUCUUCGAACCUAUGCGUGUAUUUUGGCACAGAAGACUGAGAGUAAACAAGUAAAGAGGGUUGACAACUGUGGCAACCACAGGAGCAAAACCUGCUCAGUGACAAGGAUGAGGACUCUUCCAGAGUUAGAUGAUGUUUCUGCAACAGCACUAAACACUGGGAAAACACAAGGUGAGGAAGAAUUAUGCAGAGGAACUUCAACCUCCCUGCAGAAUUCAAGAAUGGCUUACAAACAAAAAGAAGGAGAUGCUGAAGGAAAAGCAGACUCUUUGGCUGAUUUAGUUACAUCAAACAGUUCUUGCUUUAGUGCUAACAGUGGCUGUCAAGAUUCUGCUUGCCCAAGUCAUGCUCGCAUUUGAAUGGGAUGAUUCAUGUAGUACAUAAAUUCAAAAUAAUUAAUAUUAUAAUUAAGAACAAGUAAAAGUCAGCUUUUAGUGAUUUUACAGGCAUUUGAUCUCACUUAGCUACAACAAAGCCAUUUAAAUUUGAGCAUUUGCACGUUCUUAAGAGAAAAGCAUGAAAGAAGUGAAACUGUACUGGAAAUUGCAUUCAUCUAUAAUUUCAUGCAAAUGCUGAUCAUUCCCCUCUCUUACUCAUAAGUGAGGCCCAUAUAGAAGAUCUCUGCCAGAGAUUAAAGGUUCUUUAUCCUUUUCCACAGGCUUGUUCAAACUAUUCACUUGUAUCUUUAUAUGGAGCAUGCUGGAUGAGGCAGCUAAGCCUCAAAACAUACCACAAUAAAGUGCUUCUGCUUCCUGCAAGUUAAGUAAUGCUCCUGCACCCUGUGAACUGGAAGUUUUUAUAUCCCACCUCCAGUCCCAUCUAGUUAAAUCUGUACUUCCUUGACCAAGGAUUAGGAAGGGCUCUGUAUUUCAGUGCCUGUGAACACCACUUAGUCCAUUUGUGGCAUAAAAGAGAAGUUCAUACUAGAUAAAGAAUCUGACAGAGAUAUUGCCAAGGUCCACAAGUUCUCUCAAAUCCAGCCCCAGUAACAGAGGCAAGAUUAGAAAGACAUUCCUUAUGGAAGGUGAAGUGUUUGAAGAACACUUUUUAUCCUAAUGGCUCACAUAACACAGACCUUAAUCCAGUUUCUAAGUAGAGACCUGUGACCAGGAGCUGAGAACGGGUGCAAAGAAAGAACGAUGCCUCCAGGGGAAAAGCCUACCUCUGUGUACACUUCUAAGUACUCUCCUUGGCUUUACACUGCUUAUCAUGUACAUCAUGAUGACUUGUGGUCUAGGAUCCUGUGAUGCCGAGCUGGGUCUUACACUGUUGGCCAGACUCCUGAAUUCUAGGAAUGACACUGUAGACCCCUGUGAGGAUUUCUACAAAUAUGCCUGUGGCAGCUGGGAAGGCAAACACUCAAGCAAAACCUCAGAAGAAUCACUAAAUGUAUUUGAUGUGUUGUUGGAAGAAAACCAAUUGAUCCUGAAAAGGCUUUUAGAGGGCCCACAGUUAGGGAUGAGAGGCUCAGCUAAGGAGAAAGCAAUCCAGUUCUAUCGCUCUUGCAUGGAUACCCAACAGAUAGAAUCCCAAGGAACCCAACCAUUGAAGGAUCUGCUAAAUCAGGUUGGUGGAUGGAAUAUCAGUGGUGUGGGGGAAACAAAAGAUUUUAAUGAAACUCUUCAGACUCUUAUGGGCAGAUACAGCACCUUUCCCUUUUUCAGAGUCCAUGUGGGACCUAAUCCUUUUGACCUCAAGACCAAUAUUAUUCAGAUUGACCAUCCUGAGUUUGAGAUGCCAUGUGAGAGUAAAUUCAAAGAGAAAAAUUAUCCUGAGGUUCUCCGUGUGUAUCUGUCAUAUUUGAAGAAACUGGGGAGCCUACUUGGAAGACCACAGGAUGGUCCCCCUGAUUCCUUUUCCCUUACCUUGUCCUUCAUCUCUAACCUCCAGCAAGUUGUCACCCCACUGCAAGAAAGACAGCAGAGGGGGAUGCUGUUCUUUCGUACUACCAUUAAGGAACUACAGGAAAAGGCACCUGCUAUUGACUGGCUGUCAUGCCUCCAGGCUGUCUUCCAUCCUAUGGCAAUGAACCUCUCUCAGCCAAUUGCAGUGCAUGACAUGGAUUACUUAAAAGGCAUGUCACAGCUCAUUGAACAAUGGCACAAGAAAAGGGUCCUUCACAUUUAUAUGAUUAUUUGUCUGGUUGGGAAUCUCUCCCCAGCCCUUGACAGACGAUUCCAAGAUGCACGCCUGGAGCUAUCUAAGAUUCUUUAUGGAAAAAUGGGAUCUGGAAUGAUCCCAGCUGAGCGGUGGAGGAAGUGCUUGGCUGAUACCAGCUCUUUCUUUGAGCCAGUUCUAGGGCAGAUGAUUGUGCAAGAAAUUUUCCCUCAACAAGCCAAGAAACUUGCUGAGCAGAUGUUCUCUGAGAUCCAAGAUGCCCUCUAUGGCCAACUGGAUCAAGUGGAGUGGAUGGAUGAACAGACUCGCCAAGAGGCUAAAGUCCUGGUUUCCAGACUUCACGUGGAGAUUGGCUAUCCAGCUCACAUGCUCCAGACUGCCAAAGUGAACCUGGAAUACCAGAAUCUGGAGAUAAAUGAAGACACUUUUUUCCUCAAUGUUGUGGCUUGCUUGAAAGUACUGAGGGAAAAUUCCUACUUCAAACUCCUUCAGCAUCACUCACAGGAUAACUGGCAUGUGUCACCCUGGACUGUGCAUUCAUACUACUCAGUAAGGCACCAUGCAGUGGUCUUUCCUGCUGGAAUGUUCCGCAGCCCUUUUUUCCACAUGGAGUUUCCCAGUGCUGUGAACUUCGGAGCCAUUGGGGUCUUCAUGGCACAUGAACUUCUUCACGCAUUCUAUGGUUAUGUGCUGCCUGAAGGCUGUCCUACAUGCAACAGAAGUGCACUACAGAAAUCUAUAGACUGCUUGGUUGAACAGUAUGAAAGUUAUGGCUUUAAAGUCAAUGGUACUUUUACACUGUUGGAGAACACAGCUGACACUGGAGGGCUCACCAUCGCUUACAAGGCCUAUAAGAAUUGGCUGAAAAAGCACAAAGAAGAGAAGGAUUUAGCUAAGAUUGGACUUUCACACGACCAGCUUUUCUACUUCAGUUUUGCUCAUUCAAUGUGUGGACACCAGGAUCCUGAGAAACUACAGGCUUCCCUGAACACAGAUCCACACAGUCCCUUGUCACUUCGUGUCUGUGGGCCUGUCAGCAAUAGCCAGGACUUUGCCAAGCACUUCCACUGCUCCAGUGGAUCCCCAAUGAACCCCUACAAAAAGUGCCACAUAUGGUAAUCUGCAUGGAAAUGGAAGAAGAGAGAUAUGACCCCAGGGAGAGGAAGGCCUGACACAUGAACGUAUGACAAUCUUCUCAGGGCUCCUAGGGUGACAUAGUGCUCUUAUUCAUCCCUCUACCUUCUUUUUCUUGUUAUCCUUUCCUCAUCCAUCGUUGGUAGCAAAAUUCUUAAACUGAACUCAUAAGGGAAGAGGGUCUCCUCCUACUGCUUUUAGCAUUCUGUCCCAGAUGCGAUAACUCGGGUUUAGCAAGUCCUACAGUAUCAAGAUGACUAACCAGUCUCCAGUAGGCAACAACUUCUGAGGCACUGUAAACAGGAGGACUGUUACAUUAUUAGUCCCUCUGUUCAGUGCAUUUCCCUGUUUGCUCCAGCAGCCUCACAGUCACGUUGAAUGGACAGGGCAGUACGUUGGAGCUGUGAGACUUGGUCAUAUAAGAUUAGCUCCAUGUGAGUAACUAUGAAAACCACACAUGCAAGUUACCAGAGAGGGAAGAAUCCUCUUCACUUCUGCCAAUAAAGGCAGAUAGCUACUAGGAAAGACUCAGUGGCUCCAGCUUCUAGGCUGAAAGAUAAGUCAGUUAAUAGUGAAAGUUACUGUUCUGCUUUUGUUUCAACAACAGAACUCCUAAGAGACAAGAGGAAAGCAUCUCCAUUGAUGUGAGGGGAAUUGAGACCUGAGAAAAGAUUCUCUUUCUUCUUUUUUUCUUUUCCCACAAGAUUCUCUUUUUUUUUAGUCUUUAUUUAGGGAUGAGGAUAUGGUUGAGGGUGGAGUAUGGGACAGUCACAAGAGUUUCUAGAAGUCUCUGAAGACUGAAUAAUUAGAAUUCCAAGAACCUCCCUGGAUCCUGAACUUGGUUCUCUCAUCCCUACAUCUGUAAAUAUGUACCACCCAGAGGAGCAGAGCUGCUGUAGGAUUUUACUUCCUACUUGAAAUUGAAUUUUAGAUGUUAAUUUAGAGGAAAAAAAGAGUAAGAAGUACUAUGUUGUAGGGUUGCAGGAGAAGUGCUUAAAGCACUUUCUCAAGAGCAACCUAAUAAUUACAUCAAUUUCACAUUCUGAUAAUUAGAAAAUUUAUACCAAUGUUCUAAAAUAUAACAAAGUUAGUAAGUAUACAAAAUAAUCCUACAUUUUGCAUUCAAACCCGUUCUUGAUUAUGGGAGCAUUUUUAUUUUACUUAUUAUAUUGGCUUCCUGGAGAUUGUUUAUGGAAUAGGUGAUGGCAAGCAGAAGCAUCCCUUAUCAAUGUAAGCAUUGUAAAAAUUGUGAUAAUCCUAAUAACUGUGUUAAUCCUUUCUGCGUACUGACCAGCAAAACAAAGUAUUUUCCAAGAACAGACUGUUCAGAGAUUUUGCUUCCAUUAAUUAACUAAAAUAUUAAUAAAAUAUUUGCUUCAGAGAAAAAAAUUACUUUGAUUGCCAAGUCUAUAUGACCAGGCCUGUUUCUUUGUUCUGUAUUUGUACUGUUCCCAACUUACUGGAGUUGUUAGCUGAACUUCACAAGUAAUAAAUAAUAAUACCUUGGAAUAUUUGUAUUUAUUUACACAUAAUAAGAAAUAACAAAUUGGGCUUGUGCAUAUCUUUACCAUUUAAAGAGUGUAUACUUUUCAUCCCCUCGUUUAAUCAGUUUUGUCCUAGCAGCAUGUCUAGACUGCCUUUCUUUUAGAUACUACUAGCAAUUAAUGUUGUACCAGACUUUGCGUAAUAUAGAAGUUAUUUCAGUGUACUGAGACUAUUUGACUUAUUUGUUUAUAAUUUAUGGGAAAAGCAAAAGCCAUUGGCAAUCUGCAUUUUGAGGAAUCUUUACCUUUUCUUGUAUCUAUCUUGUUAAGUGUAUGGGGGUGACAGUUCCCUGAAAUGCGCAUUUUUUUCUUGUUCUUACAAUGUAUGAUGAAUUUAUUAAUAUUCUGUUUAAAUGACAAGGUCA